UUUUUUCACACGAAUCUCACGGAAGGUGCAGAAAUGCGAUAAAUUCACGCAAUUUUCACGUCCAGACACCGUGAAAAAGUAGACAAUCAGACUCACGACAUCAUCCUCGUGUGCCAUCUUCAUACAGGGCAAACAAAUGAUAUAAUUGCGUGCCAAACGUACAAUAUAGCGCCUAAGUUGACCACCACCACCAAUUAAUUGCUCAAAUCGCAUCGAUUUCAUCUCAUCCAGCACAGAGAGGAGAUUACCAGCCUCCAAUCAUGAAUGACUGCAAUGUUGGAUCAGCGAGUUUUCUCCAUUUGGGCGAUGUUGUCUCACUCUAUGCCGAGGGUAGUGUUUGUGGAUUCCUCAGCACCCUGGGUCUCGUCGACGAUCGCACGGUUGUGUGUCCGGAAGCGGGUGAUUUGAACUACCCGCCGAAGAAAUUUCGCGAUUGCUUACUCAAAAUAUGCCCAAUGAAUCGCUAUUCGGCCCAGAAGCAAUUCUGGAGUACGGCAAAGCAGAGUAGCUCAAAUACGGAUACGAAUCUCCUCAAGAGACUCCACCAUGCGGCGGAGAUUGAGAAAAAGCAAAAUGAGACGGAGAAUAAGAAGCUCUUGGGGACUGUUGUGCAAUAUGGGAGUGUCAUUCAGUUGCUCCAUCUUAAAUCCAAUAAAUAUCUCACCGUCAAUAAGCGUUUGCCGUCGUUGCUGGAGAAGAAUGCCAUGCGUGUGUACCUCGAUGCGAAUGGCAAUGAAGGGUCAUGGUUCUACAUUAUGCCCUUCUACAAGCUCCGCUCAAGUGGUGACAAUGUCGUCGUGGGGGAUAAAGUAAUCCUCAAUCCUGUCAAUGCAGAUCAGCAGAAUUUGCACGUGGCCGCGAAUUAUGAGCUACCGGAUAAUCCGGGAUGCAAGGAGGUGAAUGUCCUCAAUUCAUCCACAUCGUGGAAGAUAACACUUUUCAUGGAGCACAAGGAGAAUCAGGAGGAUAUCCUAAAGGGUGGGGAUGUUAUACGUUUAUUCCAUGCGGAACAAGAGAAAUUCCUCACGAUGGAUGAGUACAGGAAGCAGCAGCAUGUCUUUCUGCGCACAACAGGUCGUACGAGCGCCACGGCGGCUACGAGUAGCAAAGCCCUGUGGGAGGUUGAAGUUGUCCAGCAUGACUCCUGUCGCGGUGGGGCGGGACAUUGGAAUUCCCUCUAUCGCUUCAAGCACCUCGCAACGGGAUGCUAUCUGGGUGCCGAGGCGGAUCCUGACUAUCAAGCUGACGCUGAGGGUGAUAGCACAAAAGUCUGCUACUACCGUCUUGUGUCUGUGCCAUAUUCCUCAGAUAUUGCAUCAGUGUUCGAAUUGGAUGCCACCACCAUGACACGAGCGGACAGCCUUGUCCCGCAAUCCAGCUACGUGCGGAUGCAUCAUUUGUGCACAAAUACCUGGGUUCAUGCCACAUCUGUACCCAUUGACAUUGACGACGAUAAGCCGGUCAUGUCAAAGGUGGGAUGUUCCCCAAUCAAGGAGGACAAGGAGGCAUUUGCCCUUAUCCCGGUGUCCCCGGUGGAAGUGCGUGAUUUGGAUUUUGCCAAUGAUGCCUGCAAGGUGCUCGUGCUGAUGAAUUGUCGCCUCGAAACGGGCAACAUUUCCCACAAUGAGCGUCGUUCACUGAUUUCCCUGCUGCAGGAUAUUGUCUACUUCAUAGCAGGAUUGGAGAAUGAACAAAAUAAAUCCGAAGCUCUGGAGUUACGUAUAAACAAUCCCAAUCGCGAUCGGCAGAAACUCCUGCGUGAGCAGUACAUCCUUAAGCAGCUCUUUGAACUCCUCAGGCGUCCCUUUCAAGACAUCCCCGGCACUGAUGGGCCCUUUCUGCGUCUCGAUGAGCUGAGUGAUCCCAAAAAUUCUCCCUACAAGUACAUCUUUCGCCUCUGCUAUCGCAUUCUUCGGCUCAGUCAGCAGGACUACAGGAAGAAUCAAGAGUACAUUGCUAAGCACUUUGGGCUUAUGCAGAAGCAAAUUGGCUAUGAUAUCCUGGCGGAGGACACCAUUACGGCGCUCCUGCAUAACAACAGGAAGCUCCUGGAGAAGCACAUAACAGCUGCGGAAAUUGAGACCUUUGUGGGGCUCGUGCGGAAGAAUAUGCGCAACUGGGAAUCACGUUUCCUUGACUACCUCUCGGAUCUGUGUGUGUCCAAUAAGAAGGCAAUUGCUGUGACGCAGGAGCUCAUUUGCAAGAGUGUCCUGAGUACGAAGAAUUCCGACAUACUCAUUGAUACGCAAAUACGGGAGAAAUCUGUGAAAAUUGUCGAAGAGGAUGCAGCAGAGGCAGCAGCAACAGUGGAUAAAUUAGGAGAGAUGGAGGAGGAGAACAAUGUGCAAAUCCUCGUACCACAGAUGCGGGAAUGCAUAAUGGGAUCUGAGGUGUACCUAAAGUGGCACAAUGGUGCCAAAUCAAUGGCUGAUUUAGCACAAGGACACAAAAAGCGCGAAGAUGCAGCAAUUUUGGAUUACUACCGCCAUCAAUUGAAUCUCUUCUCCAACAUGUGCCUCAAUCGUCAGUACUUGGCACUAAAUAACCUUUCCCCACACCUCGAUAUUGACCUCAUUCUCAAGUGUAUGUCCGAUGAAAUGGUACCAUACGAACUGAGGGCCUCCUUCUGUAGGCUCAUGCUGCACUUGCAUGUCGAUCGUGAUCCCCAGGAGCCCGUAACUCCGGUCAAAUAUGCUCGAUUGUGGUCGGAAAUCCCAUCAAAGAUGUCCAUUUAUGACUAUGACUGCAAAAAGCAUCCAGAUUGCAAUAAAGAAGCCGUAAGGGCACGUUUUAACACAACAAUUGCCUUCGUUGAGAACUACCUUUGCAACGUAGCGGCCAAAAUGUGGCUAUUUGCUGAUCAAGAUCAAAAUAAAUUGACAUUUGAAGUUGUGAAAUUAGCCCGAGAUCUAAUCUACUUUGGCUUCUACAGCUUCAGUGAUCUAUUGAGACUGACAAAGACACUACUAAGCAUCCUUGACUGUGUGUCAGAGUCCGAUAUUGUCGAUGGAGGUCUUCCCACGGGAGAAAUUGAUUCCGAGGGUGGUGUCCUUCGUUCCAUCGGUGAUAUGGGAGCCGUUAUGACAUCCCUGACACUCGGUCCAAUUGGAACAGCCAUCGUUUCCCCCGCUAUAUCGGUGCAACAACGAAAAUCCGUAACGCAACUCAUGAAGGAGUACCCCCUUGUUAUGGAUACAAAGCUCAAAAUAAUUGAAAUUCUCCAAUUUAUCCUGGAUGUGAGGCUUGACUAUCGCAUCAGUUGCCUCCUGUCGAUCUUUAAGAGGGAAUUCGAUGAGACGGAUUAUGUGAAUCAGGACAUGGUGACGAUGCGUCAGAAGAAUAUUGAUUUGGAGUCAAUUGGGAGUCAGGCUGAGGGGAUUUUUGGGUGCAACGAAGAGUCCGCGAGUCUCGAUCUCGAUGGUCAAGGUGGACGAACAUUCCUUCGUGUCUUGCUGCAUCUUAUAAUGCACGAUUACCCACCACUUGUCUCGGGGGCCCUACACCUACUCUUCCGGCACUUUAGUCAGCGUCAGGAGGUCCUGCAGGCUUUCCGGCAGGUUCAGCUACUCGUGUCGGAUUCCGAUGUUGAGUCGUACAAGCAAAUUAAAUCGGAUCUCGAUGUUUUGCGUCAGAGUGUGGAGAAAUCUGAGCUGUGGGUGUAUAAGUCCAAGACAAUGGAUGAUCACAUUGUUGUGUCGAGUGGGAAGAAGGUUAAGCAGGCGGAGGAUGAGGGUGGUGAGAAGCCGGCGGCCGCCGGGCUCGAUGAUUCGGACAGUCAAAAUCAAUCUCAGGAGAUUUUUGACGAUGGGCCCCCAUUGACGCCCGAACAGGCGCAUGAGUACAAGAAAAUCCAGCAGAUUCUCAUUCGAAUGAAUAAGUUGUGCAUAACAGUGGGCCCGGGGGAUUACAUUAAGCCACGGAAGCAUGAACAGCGCCUCCUGCGGAAUGUGGGUGUGCACAAUAUUGUGUUGGAUCUGCUGCAAGUGCCAUACGAUGAGAAGGAUGACUGUCGCAUGAUGGAGCUGAUGCGUUUAGCGCAUAAAUUCCUGCAGAAUUUCUGUCUGGGUAAUCAGCAGAAUCAAGUGUUGCUGAAUAAGCAUCUCGACUUAUUCCUCAAUCCGGGUAUCCUCGAGGCAGAGACGGUGUGUGCAAUCUUCAAGGAUAAUUUGGGCUUGUGCAAUGAGGUGAAUGAGAAGGUUGUUCAGCACUUUGUGCAUUGCAUCGAAAUUCACGGACGGCACGUGGAGUACCUGAAAUUCCUGCAGACCAUUGUCAAGGCGGAGAAUCAAUUUAUCCGCAAGUGCCAAGAUAUGGUGAUGCAGGAACUCAUUAAUGCGGGCGAAGAUGUUCUCGUCUUUUACAACGAUAAGGCUUCUUUUAAUCAAUUUGUCGACAUGAUGCGUCGCUAUAGGCGGGAUGAGUUGCCAGAUACGAGCCCACUGGAGUAUCAUGUGGAGCUGGUGAAGCUCCUUGCGUGCUGUACAAUGGGCAAGAAUGUCUACACGGAGAUCAAGUGCAAUAGUCUCCUGGCGCUCGAUGAUAUUGUAACGAUGAUCUCGCAUCCGGAUUGUGUGCCGGAAGUGAAGGAGGCGUAUGUGGACUUUCUCAAUCACUGCUAUAUUGAUACGGAGGUGGAAAUGAAGGAAAUCUACUCGUCGAAUCAUAUGUGGAGUCUCUUUGAGAAGUCCUUCCUCAUGGAUAUUGCCCGUGUUAUCAGUGAGGGCCCAACGCAGACGAAAGCUCUCGAGAAUUACGUCAUCAAUGGCAUUAUGAAUAUCCUUACGACAUUCUUCAAUAGCCCCUUCUCCGAUCAGAGCACCACCGUGCAGACGCGCCAGAAUAUCUUCAUUCAACUCCUCCAGAAUGCCGUGAAGAUGUCCGAGUGCAAAUGGUUGACACCAGCACAGAAGUUUAGCGUGGAGAAUUGCAUAAGGACACUCGCGGAGAUUGCCAAGAGUCGUGGCAUUGCCAUUUCCAUGCAUCUCGAGAGUCAACUUGUGACAAUGUUCCACAAGACCUCAAUACUCACGCGGCAAACGAGCAAAUGGCUGCUGGCGUCGAAGCAGACAAAGAUUGAGCGCAGCAGUUCGCAGCUGAUGCGUCUCGAUCGGAGUAUCAUUGAGGGUUUGCAGGACAUUGUGUCUCUUCUGGAGGAUCAACUGAAGCCCCUUGUGGAGGCAGAACUCUCCCUCCUUGUGGACAUUCUCUACCGUUCUGAGCUUCUCUUCCCAAUGGGUACGGAAUCCCGGAAACGCUGUGAAAGUGGUGGCUUCAUACGCAGGUUGAUAAAGCACACGGAAAAGCUUCUUGAGGAGAAGGAAGAGAAGUUGUGCGUUAAAGUCUUGAGGACACUGAGGGAAAUGAUGGCAAUUGAUGUGGAUUACGGCGAGAAGGGUGAUACACUGCGUAAUUCUCUCCUAACACGAUACUUUGGGAAGAAUUUUGCAGUUAAAACACCCGAAGAUGGGGAACAGAAGAAGGCACCUCAGUUGACAACUAUAACGCAUGGGCCAGGAGCAAAAUACUUAAUGCGCGCCAAUUGCACACUGCAUGAGGUGCAGAGUCACCUGGAUAAGGAGGGUGCAUCGGAUUUAGUGGUGGAACUCGUGAUAAAGUCCGUUCAUUCACCGUCAAUUUUCGUGGAGGCCGUUGAGUUGGGUAUUGCCCUUCUCGAGGGUGGGAAUCCCAUCAUCCAGAAGGGUAUGUACAGCAAAUUCCUCAGCGGUGACCUCAAUCAGGCCUUCUUUAAGGUCUUCUACGACAAAAUGCGUGAUGCACAGCAAGAGAUUAAGAGCACUGUGUCCGUGAAUACGGUGGACAUUGCAGCGAAGGUGCACGAGAGUAAGCAAGAUUUUAAGGAUUUGGAGAAGAUCUCCCGGAAGCAGGGGAGCAAGACGAAUGGGAUUAUAAUUACGGAAGAAUUGCGUGAGGAGCUCAAUAAUGCUGGUCUUGCGACGGCACGUGCCUACGCUAGUGCUCGGAGUCUCUCACCGGGUGAGGAUAGUUCAAUGGUGAAUAUUGGUAGUGCCCUCGAGGAUAUGCUGGCUGAGAAGAUGGAGAAGCACAAGGAUAAGGAUGAUAGGAAUAAGUUGUCGUCCAAAGUGUUGGUUAUGCAGCCAAUUUUGCGUUUCCUCCAGCUACUUUGUGAGAAUCAUAAUCCGGAUUUGCAGAAUUUACUGCGGAAUCAGAAUAACAAGACAAACUACAAUCUCGUCUCGGAGACACUCAUGUUCCUGGAUUGUAUCUGUGGUAGCACAACGGGUGGCCUGGGGCUCCUUGGGUUGUAUAUUAAUGAGAAUAAUGUGGCAUUGAUUAAUCAAACACUUGAGACACUCACGGAGUACUGUCAGGGUCCAUGUCAUGAGAAUCAAAAUUGCAUUGCAACGCACGAAUCCAAUGGGUUGGACAUCAUCACGGCCCUUAUAUUGAAUGAUAUAAAUCCCCUGGGGAAGAACAGGAUGGAUUUGGUGUUGGAGCUGAAGAAUAAUGCAUCGAAGCUCCUUUUGGCCAUUAUGGAGAGUCGUGGUGAUAGUGAGAAUGCCGAAAGGAUACUCUACAAUAUGAAUCCAAAGCAGCUAAUUGAUGUGGCGUGUCGGGCAUUCCAUCAGGAAGAGCUGCUGGAUGACAAUGAUCAUGAGGAUUUCAAUCAGGAGGACGACACAGGGGUUUCCCCGAAGGAAGUUGGUCACAACAUCUACAUUCUCUGCCAUCAAUUGGCACAGCAUAACAAGGAAUUGGCUGCAUUGCUGAAACCCUCGGAUCCUGUGGGGGCAAAUGACACAAAGACAAAUCAAGCGCUACUCUACUACGCCACGCAUACGGCACAAAUUGAAAUUGUUCGUCACGAUCGUACCCUGGAGCAGAUUGUUUUUCCCAUUCCGGAGAUUUGUGAGUACCUCACGCAUGAUACAAAGACAAAAAUCUUCCAUACAGCCGAGAGGGAUGAUCAAGGGUCAAAAGUUGCGGACUUUUUUGAUCGGACAGAGCACAUGUUUAACGAGAUGAAGUGGCAGAAGAAGCUACGGGGGCAACCGGCACUCUUUUGGGUUAGCAACUACAUGUCCCUCUGGAGCAAUAUUCUCUUCAACUGUGUCGUCCUCAUUAAUGUCAUUGUGGCAUUCUUCCAUCCGUUCGAUAAUAAGGUUCCGGAACUGAUGGGGCACCUUUCCCUCCUCAUUUGGACCAUUAUGCUUGGCUCUCUGGCCAUUGUUAUCACUGUACCGCGUGAAACGGGCAUUAGGACUCUCGUGGCGUCAAUUAUUCUACGAUUUAUCUUCUCCGUGGGUCCACUGUCCACCCUCUGGCUCCUUGGCUCCGUAACAGUUCUCAUGAAGGGCGUUCACAUUGUCAGCAUUAUGGGGAAUCAUGGGACCCUUGAGAAGCACAUCCUCAAAAUUAUAACGGAUGCCGAGCUGAUCUAUCACUUUGGGUACCUCAUCCUAUGUGUCUGUGGCAUUCUUCUACAUCCCUUCUUCUACUCCAUCCUUCUCUUUGAUGUGGUUUAUCGGGAAGAGACUCUCCUCAAUGUGAUUCGUUCUGUGACAAGAAAUGGCCGUUCAAUCAUCCUCACAGCUGUCCUGGCACUCAUCCUUGUCUACAUGUUCUCCAUCAUUGGCUACAUCUUCUUCCAGGAUGAUUUUCUCGUGCCCGUGGACGAUGAGAUAUCACUGGAAGAGGCCACAGAACCCCUAAGGAGUCACAUGAUCCCGCCAUCGGAUGAAUUGGAGGAGCAGUGCUCAUGCCCAGCAGGAGGGAAUAAAGUCAUUGUCACCGAUGGUGAUGGGGAGAGGAAGGAGAGAGCGUGUGAUUCCCUCAUUAUGUGCAUUGUCACCACACUCAAUCAGGGUUUAAGGAAUGGCGGUGGAAUUGGGGAUAUUCUCAGAGCACCAAGUAGUCAGGAAGCUCUUUUCGUCGCUCGCGUAAUCUAUGACCUUCUGUUCUUCUUCAUUGUCAUCAUUAUUGUGCUGAAUCUGAUCUUUGGUGUCAUCAUUGACACAUUCGCCGAUCUGAGGAGUGAGAAGCAACAGAAGGAGUUAAUCCUCAAGAAUACCUGCUUCAUUUGUGGCCUCAAUCGCUCUGCCUUUGACAAUAAGACCGUGAGCUUUGAGGAGCACAUUAAGUGUGAGCACAACAUGUGGCACUACCUGUACUUCAUUGUGCUGGUCAAGGUGAAGGAUCCCACGGAAUUUACGGGACCGGAAAGCUAUGUGCACGCAAUGGUGAAGGCGAGUGUAUUGGAUUGGUUCCCACGUCUGCGUGCCAUGUCAUUGGCAGCCAUUGAUGGGGAAGGGGAACAAAUUGAAUUGCGUAGCCUACAGGCAACACUCGAGAAUACCCAGCUACUCAUCAGUGGGCUAUCGCAGCAACUAAUGGAGCUGAAGGAUCAGAUGACGGAGCAACGAAAACAGAAGCAACGUCUUGGUUUGCUCAAUCCCACCACAUCGGCAUCCUAUCAGCUUGCUCAAGCUGGUUUUGGGGGUGUUAAUUAAACAAAUAAAUAAAGAAGAAAAAAAGCCAAAAUAAUUCAAAGAAAAGAAAAAUCUCGCGCCAAGACAAUCAGGGGAAGCCCGUGUGAUAAAAGCAAACAAAGCAAAAUAAAGCGCGAAUGAAUCUCUGCAACAAUUCCCCCCAAAUACAACACAAAGCAUCCUUCAACGAAUGCAGCCAUCUCUUAAGCGUUUAUUAAUUGUUUUAAAUAAUCUAAAAGCAAAAUAUUUCUUAGGUGAUAAUUGUUGUUAAAAAAACUUACAUUUUUUGUUUUUGCUAAAAGAAAAUUAUUAUAGUUCGUCGCUGUUUUAGGUGAAGAUGACCUGGGCACUCAAAAAGCUUAGCGCACGAUUUACUUAAUUUUAGUUUUUUUUUUGUGGAUUCAGACUCAAAGUCUCUUUUAUCUGUGUAGGUUUAAUUAGCUUGCCAAUGUUUAAAAAAAUGAAUCGUAUACAUAUUAUUAUAUAUUAUGGAAAUUAGAAUGAAAAUUUACAACCCUUGUUGUCAUCUUGUACUUCAUCAGAGAAAGAGUUUAAUAAAUGUUCCAUCCCAAAGUCACAA